AUGAACGACAUUGUUCUUGGCGUAUCAGAACGUGGAAAUCUCAGUAUGCAAAAAAUGCAGCCCUAUAAACGCGUGACUGGUGAUAAAAUUGAAUGUCAUCUCUAUGGUCUUUAUAGGGCUCUUCUUACCCCUGUACAUCGUCAGUUGAGAGAUCAUGACAACAACGAUCUUUUGGAACGAACCCGUUCUAUUUUCUCUUUUCAUCUUAAGUAUUCAUCUUUUAUUGUCAAGUCGGAGCUUAUUCAUUUCAAAUUACUCAGAGUCUUGGAGUUGAGACACAGAGAGAUUGAUAAUUUCCCUGUACAGAUACUAAGCCUAAUCUGGUUGAGGUACCUAUUAUUGCAGUGCGAUGAGAAUUUAAACAUACCUCCAGAAAUUUGCAGGUUAUGGAAUCUGCAGACAUUCAUUGUUCAAGGGCUUAAUGGAUCAGUUAUAACUAUAACUUUUCCUGAGGAAAUUUGGGAACUAAUGCAAUUAAGGCAUCUCAAACUGCCCGAAUUUUAUCUGCCAAAUCCCCCAAGCGUAUCUGCUGACAAAGGGAGUCACAUGGGUUUUUCAAACAUACAAACUUUUUCUUACUUGCAUCUACGUUGUUGCACGAAUGAGGUUAUUAUGGGGAUUAAGAAUGUCAAAGAAAUAGGAAUCUUUGGAAAUGAGAUUCGCUCUAGUGGGCUUCUCAACAGUCUUGUCCAUCUGCAGCAACUUGAAACAUUGAGUCUUAUCUAUUGUUUUAGUAGAUUUUUGCCAGCAAGUGCAAAAGCUUUUCCAGCAACGCUCAAGAAGCUGAAGUUGAAAAGAAAUUAUCUACGUUGGUCGUACCUGGACAUUAUAGCUGAAUUGCCUAACCUUGAGGUGCUAAAGGUGAUGUGUCAUGCUUGUCGUGGAGAAGAAUGGCAUCCAAAUGUUACGGGAUUUACUCGAUUGAAGGUUUUGUUAAUUGAAGAUUGUUUUCUCAUGUACUGGAAAGCCACAGAUGACAAUUUUCCUGUUCUUGAGCGCCUUGUGCUCAAAAAAUGCACAUAUUUGAAAGAGAUACCCAUUGA